AUGCUUUCCAAUUUGACUUUUGGUCUCCAUUGCUGGUUGUCUUCAAUUAUUUUUUUUUUCCUCUUAGUAAAACGCUUCAGAGAACCAAAGCAUGAAAGACGUCCCUGGAGGAUAUGGUUUUUAGAUACUUCCAAGCAAGCCAUAGGAAUGUUGUUCAUCCACUUUGCAAAUGUCUAUUUAUCAGACCUUACAGAAGAAGACCCUUGUUCACUGUACCUUAUCAACUUCUUGUUAGAUGCCACAUUAGGAAUGCUGUUAAUCUACAUUGGUAUACGUGCAGUCAGCAGCAUUGUGGAAUGGCAGCAGUGGGAGUCCCUUCGCUUUGGUGAAUAUGGUGACCCAGUGCAGUGCCGUGCUUGGGUGGGCCAAUGUGCUCUGUACAUAAUGAUUAUGACAUUUGAGAAAACCAUCAUCAUUAUAGUGCUUCUUAUACCUCAGUGGAAGGAGGUGGCUUUAUUGAAUCCUAUAGAGAACCCCCAGUUGGAGCUGGCUAUCGUCAUGCUGAUAGUUCCCUUCGUUGUUAAUGCAUUAAUGUUCUGGGUAGUAGAUAAUUUUCUUAUGAAGAAAGGGAAGACAAAAGCUAAACUUGAAGAAAAGGAAGCAGGACAAGAUUCAAGAAAUGGAAGUAAAGUCCGAUACAGGAGAGCAGCAUCAUAUGAAGAGUCCGAGUCAGAAAUCCUUAUUUCAGCAGAUGAUGAGAUGGAAGAAUCGGAUGCUGAAGAGGACCUGCGUAGACUGACCAACUUAAAGCCCAUUAAGAAAAAGAAGCAUCGUUUUGGUCUGCCUGUAUGACACAUUCCCUGACCUGUGUAUUUGCAGGUUUCAUGGCAAAAACUUCAGUCAAUGGGUUUUAAUGUUGCAGUUGCAUCUCCCUUUUCAUACAAACUGACUUAAAAGCAAGGUCUACCAACAGAAUGCAAACGGUUGGAAGACUUCCAGUUCAGUUGCACUACAGACACACUGACCAAUUAUGCAAGAAUGUCUUUUCAUCACAUGUGAAAAACAGUGUUGUUAAGGACUAGUCGCUAAGGGGAUUUGUAUCUGACAUUUCAGAGAAGAUCAUAGAAAACAGAUACAGCAAUCUUCCACUUACAGUUACUGAUGAUACAGUUUAAGCUGUUCUCAAAAAGGCAUCAGAAUGAACUAAGCUAAAGGAGUGUGUUCUAUGACUAAAACUGGCUUUUGCAGCAUAAUUCCUAGAGCAGAAUAGUUUAUGGUUACAAACUGUAACUUAACGUUAUUUUUUUAAGUACAAAUGUUUACUUGCUACCGGGUACCUAUGGAACUAAUAGGUGGAACAAAGAUUUUUUUCCGAGUCUCCUCGAAUCUAUUUGACUAUUUUAUAUUUAAGUUAUAUUUUCAUACAGUUGUAUUUAAAGAUUCUCUUUGUCAGAGAAAAGGGUGCAGUUCCCUUUUUUUUGUGCAGAAUAGGUCAAAAGAUUUGUAGUGAAAAUCUUAUUUAACGUUGUGUCCUGGUUUAAGACAAAGGGAUUGCAAAGGGAAGAGCUCUCUGUCACUGCUGAAGUCACCAAAUAUCACUAAAAAUGCAGUCCUAAGUGUGCUUUUGACCACAUAAUUUGAAAAUACCAUUUUUAAUAGGAGGUGGUGUUUGCAUAUUUGACAAACGUGCACUUUAGUGUAUAACAAAAAUCUGUUGUGAUAGGUUAUUUGUGAAAUGAAUAUCUAUGGAUGACUCUAUUUCUGUUUCUGCAAGUCUCUUGUGCAUACCUCUCAAAUAACCCAAAAGAGAUGGAACAUUUCUUAUACUUUUCCUUAUAUAGGGCCUGCGGUACGGGACUGUGGUCUGAUUGAAGCAGUUGUGCUACAAUAUAGCAAAUAAUUCUGCCCCUUGUUUUUUGUUGGAAAACCAAUCUUCUAUGUAAUGUGCUUUAAAAAAAAGAUUUCUCCUGUUUAAUUUCCAAAAAGUCUGGUUAUCCUUUAGUAUUUAAAAAAAACAAACAAGAGGUAUAAUACAGUUGUUACUGCAGAAUUUUUGUGAUUUUCAGUGUCUUGUCUUCUGAUAAUUGGCAACGUGUGCUGAUCUGAAACCCAGCAGACAUGUUUUCAGUGGCAUCCUUUUGCUUUGCGUAUUUUCUAAAUGAUUGUUUCCGACAGCUUUCCUUGCUUAGUUAAACCUUGUGCAGGACAAGGCGAUGUGUCAAAGAGGUGACAACAGACCUUAAUUGCAAAUCUGUUGUAGUAUCUGGACAUCAGAAAUGUUCCAGGCCUUAAACCAAACAGUUUCAUUGGAAAACUGCUCAGAACUUUUUAAGAUUUUUUACAUUUUUUUAUAGAUUUAGUAGGUCUUAAUGUGAUUUAUUACCCAGGCCACUUAAAUGGGGUUCUUGGGCCUUAGUAAAUACUGAACUGUGCGCUCCCGUACUUACUUUCACUAUUCCAGCAUUCCUUUUCACUGCUUGGCUGCCGAGGUGAACACAAUGUUCUGAGACUUCAGGUACACCUCAGCGUGUCCAGCCGGCUAGAAGGGACAUUUUACCAAACCUAACGUUUGCGAGUUUAGUUGAGCUGCUGACCUCUGUUACUGUGCACUGAAAUGUAAUAACUGCAAUAAGUUUAAGUACUAGUGUUUCUUUUAGACUAAAUCUAGAAACUAAUGACAAUGGAAGCUUAACUGAGUUAUUCUGAAAUGGGGGGUGUGGGGGGAUGGGGAAAUGUCCCUAAUCAGUGUUGCCUCUGUUUUAGGUUUUUUGGGUUUUUUUCAUUAUUGUGUGACUUGCAUCUUCUCUUGACUAUUUACCACUGGGCGGGUGCGUAUCUCCAAAAGCACAGUACUUCAAGGAAUUCAUUUUCAUCAACAGAAUAGUCUCAUACAGCUCUCUCUUCCAAAGGGAUUUAAGAGCUAGGACUGGCUCUUGUCGCAAAUGUCAGCAUUUUAUUUUUUUUAGCAUAGGAUUUGUUCUAUUUCAGAUAGUGAAAUAAAGCUAUUCAACAUGUGCUACAUACCACUGCACAGCCAUCGCUGUCCUCGUCAACCACCAGAGAUAACUGAGCAGCGCACACAAAUUUAACUGUACGAGCUUUCAUUUUAUCUUCCUUUUCCCUCCUCUUCUCCAGUUACUUAAAUUAUCAAAAUUAUUUCUAGUCUCAUGUUUAGUCUGUGAAGUGUCAGUAUAAAAUUAUGGCCUUAAUCAUGUAAAAAUAUUUGUUUUGAGCAGACCUCAAACUUUUUGACCAAGUACAAAACAAUGUAAAGCACUAUGGAGCAGUUUCUUGAAGGUGGUUAUAGCAAAGGUAUACGAAUGCCUAAUUUUUCAUGUCUUAAGUGCUUAAAUGUCACUUGGUUUGAGAUUUUGAUAUGCCUAGCAAGAUGAUGUAGUAAAGCACUAUGAGCCAAAGAGACAGAAGUAUUUUAAAUACCACAGUAGUAACAGGAGGAACAUAUCUUCAGAGGGGAAAAAACAGCUCUAACUUUCUCUACUAAGAUAAAACUUUUAUUCACAACCUCAGCCACAUAACAAAAACCAAGGGUUUUUUCUAUUCGUUCUUUGUUAUCAUGUGAAAGAGAUGGAAAAUAUAAAAUUGGCAGUUUUCCUCUUUGUAAGAUAAAAAUUGGAAUUCUUGCAGUAGGUACAAGUAGGACAGGUGCUCGUCUGAAGAGCUUGUAUGUGUGAGAAGGAAGUAUGUGCCUAGUGCUUCGCUAUGUCUUACUGUUUGUUGAAAUGUAUUGGCAGUACAGUCUGAAAUAAAUUUUUCACAAAGAGUUGAUCCAGUAAUAAUAUUACAACAUGACGAUGUUUGCAUUAUCCUCAAAUUGGCGCCCUAAAUUUAUGCCUGGUAAAUGUACUUCAGGACAACUCAUAGCAAAGGUUUAAUUCAGGCUGUGCUUAAAAAAAUGUGAUUCUGUUUAAUGAAAAUAAGCUCUGUAGUAUAUGCCAAAGUAAGAGAAAGGGAUUGUAACUUAGAAAAGAGACACAGAAGUAUUGGUGGAGAUCAAAUUUUCCACGGAUGGUCAACCUAAAUGUAUUAACUGUUUCUAGUAUCCGACCUGUGACACAUCUGCAUAAACUUCAAACACUGGUGUUGUCUAAUACGUGGUUUUCAAGUUCUGGCUUUAAUAUGUUCAGGUCCCCUUGUCUUAUUUUAAGUAGGUAAAAGCUGUAUGUUAAUGUUGCUAACUAAAAUGUACUAUAGCUUUUCUUCAGGGAAAACUCAGAAAUUGAGUUGCAAAUUAGAGCAAUGCAAGGUGAUCCCCUCCGGCAGGUGUCUGCUCCGAUUCCAGCUGUGCCUGGGGAGGAGGCCUGGGCUCUCACGCUCCGCUGAGAGCUGAGCAUCACAAGGAAUUUCUGCCACUGUGCUUGACUAACCCACGUUUGCAACUUUGCUGUGCUUUGUACAGGAGAAACCAGUAAUGAAAGUGAAUAAAUUCAGCCACAUCAAGUCAGAGUAGAUCUACAGCAUAGGCGUGCAAACUUUUUUAGGUAAAGUUUCCAGUUCAAUUACUGAAAAUGACUACUAUGGUUUUACAAAGUAAAACUGCAGUAUCUUUAAAAAAGGGACUCUUUUGUAGGUGUGUUUGUCUUGCGUGGGUAUCCGUCUCAAACUGAAUGUUGGGUUUGUUUGUAAGUAAAUUCAGAGUAUAGCCUAUGUGAGCAAAACCAACAGCUGUAUUCUGCUGCCCUCUGUUUGGACCAUAUUGUUUAAUCAGUGGUGUUACCUUAAACUUUUAAGGGUAUCUGAUGUAAUUACAUUGUAUAAUGGUUUACAAUAAAGUUUGACUUAUUACA